AUGCCCCACAAACACAAGCGCAAGACCAGGGAGGAAGAUGAUUUCGACCUUCCACCCACUGCGCGUGCAAAGCCGCUCUCUGUUCGAGAAUCCGGAACCCUGAGCGAGAACUUCGCUUCCAAGACAAAACAACGCAAGGACAAGAAGAAGACCAAGCGGAUAGAGGGAUAUGGCGCCGACGACACACCCAAGGCCUUCGCGCGCCUGAUGCAGUUCUCGCAAACCGGGAAGGGCCUCAAGGGAUUGGACACCGGCGACAAGCCUCGUGGCAAGAAGCGCAAGGCCGGCGGUGAUGAAAAGAGUGCUCCCAAACCCGAGCCCCCAAAACCCGCACUGGAAACACCCAAGAUCCAACCAGGAGAGCGCAUGUCCGAUUUUGCGGCGCGUGUGGAUCAGGCACUCCCCGUUGCAGGCUUGGCCCGCAAGGGCAAGAAAAUCGAAGGAUACAAGGAACGGCAGACAAAGACGGAAAGGAGGAUUCAGAAGAUGAUCAGCGACUGGCGCGAAGAAGAGGAGAAGAUCAAGGAGCGGGAGCAAGAGGAGUUGGACUUGGCUGAAAUCGAAGAGGACGAGCAAGAGGCCAUGUGGGAGGACAAAACGGCUCCGAUGCCAACACAAGGAAGUGGAAAGAAAAAGGGCAAACGCAAGGUCGAUGACGGAGAUGACCCGUGGGCGGUGCUCAAGGAGAAGAGAGAUGAACCGAAAGGCUUGAACGAUGUCGCCCAGGCUCCGCCGACUUUCAAAGCAAUACCGAAGGAAAAGUUCAAGGUCAAGAACGGAGCGAAGGUCCAGGUCUCGGAUAUUCCCAACGCGGCGGGCAGUUUGAGAAGACGAGAGGAGCUGGGCGAGGAACGCAAGAACAUCAUUGAGAGAUACAGGAUGAUGAUGGCUGAGAAGAAAAGCGCUUGA